AUGGUCACCAAGAACGACAAUACCAUCUUCCGCUCCACCGCAUUCUUCUUCUUGACACUCCCUGCAUCCAUCGCAGGCGCACUCUUUCUCGGCCGACUCGUCUGGCUCCACAAGCAUGGUCGCGAACACGGUCUUGGUCGAACUGACCUCAUCUACUGGUCCUCAUUCUGUCUCAUGCUGAGCGGAUGCAUCUCCCUCAUCGCGACUCUGUGCAUGGAGAUUCGGAAUCACCAACAGUCACUUGAUUGGGACGUGCUUCUUGCUUCUGCGACUAUGCUGCUCGCGUGGAUCUUGGCGAUAGUACUGAACAAGGAAGAGCACAAGUACUCGAUCCGAUCGUCCGAUUUUAUUCUGGGCUACUACCUCGUCGCCAAUCUCGGUAUGGGAGCCGCCCUCUGGUUGGCACGCCAGCCACCUUCAAACCCUUCUCCAUCACCCACAUACCCCCUACCUAUCCUCCACUGGUUCCUGGGCUCACUUUUCAUUGGCUUGGUCGUAGAGGCAUGGCCGAGAGGAUGGACAAAAGUCCAAAACUCAUCCACCGCGAGCGUCUUUGAAAAGGCCAACCUUGUCUCACGACUUUCCUUCCACUACAUCCAGCCCAUCAUGAGUAUCGGAUACAGUCGCCCGCUUCUUCUGGACGACCUCGCACAUUUGAUGCCAGAGCGGAUUCGGUCCGAGAAUGCGUACAAGGAUCUUGCGGCGACUUGGAAGAAACAGGAGGCACGGUUCUUUGCGUUGCUGCCGAAGACUCGUCAGGAGAAGGCGAGACCGUGGUUGCUGUUCAGGACGAUUGCCUUAACGUUUGGAUGGGUGGGCUGGGCGCCUAUUGUGUUGACGAGGGUUGUGUCGACGACUUUGGUUUACCUCCAGCCAGUGCUCUUGGGUCGGAUUUUGGACUUUAUGAUGGCCUCGUCCUCGUCGACGGAUGCGCCUGCGCCUGCGCCUGCGCCUGCGCCACAACCGUUGUCAUAUGGAAUCUACCUGGCAGUGCUGAUGUUCAUGGUAUCGCUUGUGAGUUCUGUCACGGGCGCGCAGCUGCUUCAACUCAACGCCGAGCGUGGGAUGGAGAUCCGUUCUGGUCUUAUUGGUUUGAUUUACCGCAAGUCUUUGAGAUUAUCGCCCGAAGCCCGGCAGACCCAGACUGCAGGAGCCAUCUCGAACCACAUGUCGGUUGAUGUCGAGAAGUGGUCAACGGCACUCAACACUUUACCACAGUGGGUCUCGGCGCCGAUUGAGUUGUUGGUGGCGUUGUGGAUGUUGUAUCACCAGUUGGGGUGGUGCUCCCUUGUUGGGCUGGUUACUGUGGUGGGGCUGAUCCCGGUCCAGAAAAAGGUGUCGAAUAUCUUUUCGGAGGUCAAGCAUACCAAGCUGACGGCCAUGGAUCAUCGUAUUCGGUUGGUCACUGAGAUGUUGACCUCCAUCAAGACCGUCAAGUUGUACGCCUGGGAGAACGCGUUCAAGGCAAGGAUUGCAGGAUACCGUGAGAUUGAAAUGGCGGUCCUGCGUCGUUUCGGAGUCGUCUAUGCCGGGAUGACCUUGAUAUUCUCCACCACCAUGUUCAUGAGUCUCCUCUCAUUCGGGAUCUACGCUGUGGUUGGCGGACCUGGUGGCACUCCUGGAGAGAUUACACCCCAUGUCAUCUUUGUCAGCUUGUCGCUGUUUGGGCUGUUAAGUAGGCCCAUUUCGAGCAUGGAUACGUUGUUGAGCAGUACGACCUCUAUUCUGGUUGCUACUCGGCGGAUACAGGCGUUUUUGUUGUCUGAGGAGUUGUCCGUUGAUUUGACGACUGUGUUGAGCGGGAACGGCGAAGAUGAUGUUGUUGUGAGGGAUGCGGUUCUGUCGUGGCAUAAGCAAGCGGCCGAUGAUCAGGGUGACUGUGACAAUGACAACGCGACAGAGGACGAGAACACACCAUUGCUGUCGUCAUCAUCAUCAUCACCAUCCUCCGAAAUCGUGGCGACACCUCGCGCACCUACACUCACCAACAUCAACUUCCGUCUCCGAGCCGGAUCUCUAACCGCCGUCGUAGGUCGAAUCGGUUCAGGAAAAUCAUCCCUCCUCGGCGCCCUCAUCGGAGACAUGUACAAGUACCAAGGAUCCGUUCAAGUUCGAGGCAGCGUCGCCUAUGUCAGCCAGCAGGCCUGGAUCUUGCACAGCUCCGUCAAGGACAACAUCCUCUUUGGGAAACCAUUGGACCAGGACCGAUACGAGGCUGUGAUCCGGGCGUGUUGCCUGCAGCAGGAUCUGGAUAUGCUCCCUACCGGCGAUCAAACCGAGAUUGGCGAGCGCGGGAUUAACUUAUCCGGAGGCCAGAAGCAGCGUGUCGCUCUUGCCCGUGCAGCAUACCAGGAUGCGGAUGUUUAUCUGUUGGAUGAUCCUUUGAGUGCUGUCGAUGCGCAUGUUGACCACCACCUUUGGAAGAACUUGAUUGGGCCCGAGGGGUUGUUGAAGGACAAGACGAGGCUUUUGGUCACACAUGGACUCCACCAUUUGAGUGAGGUGGAUCAGGUGUUGGUGAUGAAGGAUGGGUCCAUUAGUGAGAAAGGGCACUUUGAUGAGCUGUUAGCAGCUAAGAGGGGCUUUUAUCAGCUCAACCUUGAGUUCUCGGUCACCGCCAAAAAGCAACGUAGGCAAACCGCCAAUAAGCCCGCAACUUCAUCAGCAGAUACGAUGUCGGAGACAGGAAGUGAGGCUGCUGAAGACACUGACGCUACUACUGUUGUCGCGCCUGCCAGCAGUACUGCUUUCUCAGCUCAGGAUACCAAACCCACCGACGACGACGAGCCCAAACCCGCCGCAGGACUGGUCGCCGCAGAGAAGAUGGUUAAUGGGGGCGUGGGCUGGCACAUGUUCAUGGUCUACGCAAAAGCAGCCUCCUACACCAACAUUGUACUCGUCAUCAUCUUCUACAUCCUCGUCGAGGUUGCCCAAGUCGGGACCAGCUUCUGGUUACGGUACUGGUCAGAUGCUGCGGGUCAGGACAAGUACUCUGUGAUCGAGUUCUUGGUUAUCUAUGCUGGAUUUACGUUGGCGUAUAUGGCGUUCAAUAUGGUGCUGUUCUAUGUGGCAAAUGUUUUGGCGGCUGUGAAGGGGGCAAGGCAUAUGCAUGAUCGGUUGUUGGACAAUCUGGUUAGGCAACCUAUGGCGUUCUUCGAUGUCACUCCUGUCGGUCGGAUCAUCAACAGGUUCUCGACAGACGUGGAUGCAAUCGACGACAACAUCAUCUGGAACCUCAUCGACGUCGUCUACUGCCUCGUUGCCAUCGCUGGCACUCUCGUCGUCAUCUCCAUCUCCAGCCCACAAUUCCUCUACGCCAUCCCUCCUCUCACACUCUGCUACCUCUACAUCCAAUCCUACUUCCUCGCCUCCUCCCAAGCUCUCAAACGGUUCAUGUCCGUUUCAAAGUCGCCACUUUAUCAGCACUUCUCGGAAACUCUUGCGGGCGUCUCGACCAUCCGUGCCAUGUCUGCCGCGCCGAGGUUUGUGAAGGUGAAUGGGGAGAAGGCAGAUCUGUCGGCCGAGACGCAGUUGGCAUUUGGGAUUGCCAAUCGGUGGUUGAAGGUGCGGUUGGAGUUUUUGGGGGCGCUGAUAGUCUUUGAUGCGGCGCUGUUGGCGGUCUUGAAUAGGAGUAGUGUGGGAGGAGCUAGUUUGGUGGGCCUGUCGUUGACGUAUGCGAUGAACAUUACGGGCGAUAUCACGUACCUGGUCCGGUCUUGGGCCGAGAUGUCCAACCAGUUGAUUAGUGUUGAACGGAUAGAAGAGUAUGCUGAGCUACCGCAGGAGGCUCCUCUCGAGACUGGUGUUCGGCUACCGGAAGGUUGGCCGGCGGAGGGGAAGGUUGUAUUUAGAGACUUUUCGGCGAGGUAUCGGGAAGGUCUGGAGCCGGUGUUGAAGAAUGUGUCGUUUGAGGUGGCGCCUGGGGAGAAGGUUGGAAUUGUUGGGAGGACAGGAGCUGGGAAAUCGUCUUUGACGUUGGCGUUGUUCCGUAUGAUUGAGGCCAAGGACAGCUAUUGGGCUCGGGCUACUGCUGCGAGCGUACACGGCACUCCUGCUGUUGAUAUGGGCGGUUGUAAUACCCCUGGAGGAGGAGGAGGAUCGAUUGAGAUUGAUGGUGUGGACAUUUCGACACUAGGCCUACACACCCUCCGCAGCCACCUCUCCAUCAUCCCCCAGGACCCCAUCCUCUUUGCAGGCACCAUCCGCGAGAACCUAGAUCCCUUCCACCAAUCGACUGACGCCGAACUCUGGACAGCCCUCGAACGAGCCCACCUCAAAUCGCUCAUCUCUUCCUUCCCUGAAGGGUUGUCUUAUGAGGUUGUGUCGAACGGGGAUAAUUUCUCGGCUGGCCAGCGGUCGUUGAUCUGUUUGGCCCGUGCGUUGCUUCGCAAGACCAAGAUCUUGGUGUUGGAUGAGGCGACAGCAGCUGUGGAUGUUGAAACGGAUGAGUUGAUCCAGAGGACGAUUCGGGAGGAGUUCAAGGACAGGACGGUGUUGACGAUCGCGCACCGGAUCAAGACCGUCAUGGACUCGGACAAGAUCUUGGUGCUGGAGAGAGGCGAGGUGGAGGAGUAUGAGAGUCCGGAGGUGUUGUUGAAGAGGAGGGAGGGUUCGUUAUUUUUCCGGUUGGCCGAGCAAGCUGGUGAGGUGCAUUAA